UCUCGGUGCGUUUCAUGUCGGUGUGGUCAGGACUUUGGUGGAGCAUAAGCUCUUGCCUCGGAUAAUAGCUGGUUCUAGCGUUGGCUCCAUAAUCUGUUCGAUCGUAGCCACAAGGUCUUGGCCGGAGCUACAGAGUUUCUUUGAGAACUCUUUGCAUUCUCUACAGUUCUUUGAUCAGCUAGGAAGCGUUUUCACAAUCGUUAAAAGAGUCAUGACGCAAGGCGCUUUACACGACAUCAGACAGCUGCAAUGCAUGCUUAGAAACCUCACAUGCAAUCUCACGUUCCAAGAAGCUUAUGAUAUAACAGGGAGGAUUCUAGCGAUAACGGUUUGCUCUCCAAGAAAGCAUGAACCGCCUCGGUGUCUUAACUAUCUGACUUCGCCUCAUGUGGUUAUAUGGAGCGCAGUGACUGCUUCUUGUGCGUUUCCUGGUCUCUUUGAAGCUCAAGAACUAAUGGCUAAAGAUAGAAGUGGAGAGAUUGUGCCGUAUCAUCCACCUUUCAAUUUAGAUCCUGAAGAAGGUACUGAAUCAUCUACACGCCGGUGGAGAGAUGGUAGCUUGGAGGUUGACUUACCGAUGAUGCAGCUUAAGGAGCUGUUCAAUGUCAAUCAUUUUAUCGUGAGCCAAGCUAAUCCUCACAUUGUUCCUUUACUGCGUCUAAAGGAUAUAGUUCGAGCUUAUGGUGGUAGAUUCGCAGCAAAGCUUGCGCAUCUAGUGGAGAUGGAGGUAAAACAUAGAUGCAACCAGGUACUAGAGCUUGGCUUUCCUCUCGGUGGACUUGCAAAGCUUUUUGCUCAGGAGUGGGAAGGUGAUGUAACAGUUGUAAUGCCUGCUACUCUUGCUCAGUACUCGAAGAUUAUACAAAACCCUACUCAUGUGGAGCUUCAGAAAGCGGCUAACCAAGGAAGGAGAUGCACUUGGGAGAAGCUAUCAGCCAUAAAAGCAAACUGUGGCAUCGAGCUUGCGCUUGAUGACAGUGUAGCUAUUCUUAACCAUAUGCGUAGGCUCAAGAGAAGCGCCGAGAGAGCCGCUGCUGCUGCUGCUGGCACGUCCUCGUCUCAUCACGGUUUGGCUUCAACCACAAGGUUCAAUGGUUCUAGAAGAAUCCCAUCUUGGAACGUCAUUGCCAGAGAGAACUCGACUGGUUCACUCGAUGAACUAGUCGCUGACAGUAAUCUCCACGCGUCUUCAGGCAAGGCUUUGAGCGAGAGUGAAACAGAGAGCGUGGAGCUGAGUUCUUGGACUAGAACUGGUGGACCUUUGAUGAGAACAGCUUCUGCUAAUAAGUUCAUUGACUUCGUUCACAGUCUUGAUGUUGACAUUGCAUUGACCAGAGGAUUUAGUAGCAGCCCGACUUCUCCAGCGGUUCCUGGCCCAUUUAGUCCAAGCUUUAGCCCAGACUCAAGAUCCAUGGACAGCAAUAACAACAUGCUUGGAGCAAAUACUUCAAGCAUAAUAGUUACUGAAGGUGAUCUUCUACAGACUGAGAGAACGAGUAACGGUUUUGUGUUGAACGUUGUUAGAAGAGAGAACUUGGGAAUGUCUAUUGGGAAUCAGAACACAGAGCUGCCAGAGAGUCUACAGCUCGAUAUACCUGACAAGGAGAUGGAUAGUAGCUCUGCAUCAGAACAUGAAGUAGACCAAGAAGGUGAUGAUGAUGAAGAAGAGGAAGAACAUAACUGCUCGGAUCCUGUUACGGUUUCUUGAGAAUAUUCAGGUUUACAAGAACCGAUGACUGGUAGUGUUAUAGAUGCUUAGUCUGAUUGAUUGGAGUGAGACUCUUGUUCAACAAGAGUUUGGAUGUUUUCAUAGUGCUUUGUAAAUUGUAGUAUAAGCCAUAAUGUGCAUGUUGUGUAUGUAUGUAUGUUUGCAAUAUUUAUUAUUUGAAAAUUCAAUUAUUAAUUUGUGGAAUAGAA